AUGAACAUUGCGGAUCUUUGCCCUGCAUGCUCAAAACUAAACAUCACCCCGUCCUCUUUCACAUCAGAUCCUUAUCAAGGGGGUUCAGCCUAUCAGUUAGGAUCUUACAAUGAUCUUUUGAUUCGAGAUACCUGUCCAUUAUGUCUGCUACUCGUUGAAACUAGCAAAAACGGUCCGUAUUAUGUCAUAUCACCAAAUCUUGGGCCAUUGCUUUUCCUAGCAUUUUGGAAGAACGCGGCUCCGGAAGAUGUAGAUGAAACCCCCAAUGGCAAUUUCGCUGUGUUAUCAGUAAGCAUAUACAGUACGCUUGAACCUGGUAGUCUGCAAAUAACCUUACGACCAAUAAAUAGUCUAGGGUCGGAAUACCUCCAUUAUGCAAAGGAUGAAGGUUCUUCCUUCAUUGAUUUCGAUUUGGUGAGAGGUUGGAUGGAAGGGUGCGAGAAAAACCACAAGUGUGGGGAGAGUUUUACUUCUCUGACUGGACCUUAUCGGACACCCGCUGAGUUCAAAUGUAUUGACGUGGAACAAAUGUGUAUUGUUGAGCCUCCUGAAAAGUGCCGAUAUAUAACCCUGAGUUAUGUUUGGGGAACUGGUAAGAAAUUCGUCGCGCUGAAGGAAAAUUAUAAGCAUCUAUCAACUCCUGGCGGACUCACCGAUUAUCUCGGCCAGCUCAGUCGAACAAUACAAGAUGCGAUAGAUGUCACAAAACGACUACGAGAACGCUAUCUCUGGAUUGAUAGUUUGUGUAUAACACAAGAUGGGCUCGAGGAAAAACAAAAAGCAUUGGAAGAUAUGGGCUUGGUUUAUAGUCAAGCUCUGCUCAUGAUAUGUGCCGCUGAUGAUCGAUGUCCUGAUGAUGGUCUAAGUGGUUUGAAUGUCCCACGAAAAAUAUCGCAACACAAACGAGAAAUCAUGCCAGGUCUCACACUUGCUGCACAAUACGCUUUUGAACCAUAUGUCGAUACCUCGAUCUACAAUAGCCGAGGAUGGACAUAUCAGGAAGAGCAGUUCUCGUCGAGAAUGAUCGUAUUCAUUAAUGAUCAGAUAUACUUUCGCUGUACAAGUGCAGUCUGCUCUGAAGUUGUUGUCUCCGAUACAGGCAAAAACCAGGAUCAAGAGCUGAAGCAGCCAGACACUAUACGGCGGUUAAUUGGUCGAAAAAAUACCUCUCUCUCCGUGCUAUACUUUCGUGCCGUUGAAACAUACACGGCUCGCAAUCUUACCUAUCCCUCCGAUAUCAUCAAUGCGCUUGCAGGUGUUUUAAACACUCAAGGUAAUGCCAUGGAUUGUGAUAUAUUUUAUGGUUUACCAUCUGCAAUGUUUGACUUGGCUUUACUCUGGCAACCAUGUGGGAAAGUUACUAGACGGGAAGGAUUUCCUUCUUGGUCUUGGGCUGGAUGGCAAGGUCAAGUGCGUUGGUCUGGUGACACUAUGGAAAUGGCUUCUUAUGGAUUAUAUGGGGCUUCGGAAUAUUUAGAACAUAAGAAGAUAACAACAUGGCUGCUCAAUCAAACCUGGAUUGAUUGGUAUCGAUGUAUAGAUGGAAAAGUACUUACAGUUUGGUCUCCGAAAGGUCAGAGUAUAGAAAUAUUGCAACGCGAGUGCCAAUCCAUUGGACCAACAAAAGAAGCCGUCGGAUACUCUACAUUUAAUUCAUCACCAACAAAUUUAUAUGGGCGGACGAAAGAUAAUAAGGUUUUACUCGCCCCAGAUCUUCCAAUCGUUCCACUACAAUCAACACUUCCAACACUGUCAGAUCCUCAAUACUUAUACUUUUCUACAAUCUCUGUUCAGUACCGCAUUCGUCCCACAACAGCCUACCUGCGCUAUGGUUCCAUCGGUCCUCCAUGGGACCCCACCCAUCGGACAAUCUACCACCUCCUCAACAACACCUCCCAAGUAUGCGGAUACAUCCUCCUCCCCUCCACAUUUCAAGCCCACUACCCCAACCAAUUCCAACCAAUUCCACCCAUCUAUGAAGCAGACUGGGACAAUAGAGGUACAGACACCGAACCCAUAUUCGAAUUCCUUUUAUUAAGUAAAGCGAAUUAUUAUUGUGAUUGGAACCGACCACACGAAGCGCAUCCGUACCGAAAAAGCUGCCAAAUGGAAGACUACAUGGAAAUACAUAUCAUGAUGGUUAAAACGAGAAAUGAUGGCGUGAUGGAACGAAUGGGGAUCGGUAGGUUACAUGAAGAUGCUAUUAGGGAUGCCUGUGGAGAGGGGGCAAAAUGGAAAGAUGUUGUUUUGGGUUGA